AAGUGACAUUUCUUUAUUACCCCAACUCACUUACUUUUUCUCUUACUCUGAUGUUUUGAAAGGAAAUGAAAGUUUUCCUCCCAUAUGGAACCAAUCUCUCAGACUCAGGCCAAUCUAUCAGCUAGCAGAGUAACUUCCUUCACCAAAACUCAAGGAUGAAAAUGAAAAUCUUCUUCUGUUCAUCCUCAUUUUCCCUUCAACUUCUGCUAACACUUGUCUCUAUUCUUCAUUCUUUCCCUGUCUGCUCCACCAAUCAGAAUGCAGCAAAAGUUGUGCCCGACAAGAUCCUCUCUUCCAACAUGGAUCCACUAGAACUGGAAACCUUGUUCAAGAUUAUGGAAAUCCUUUCCUCUGAUCAAGACUGGAGAGUUUCAUACCCUAACCCCUGUCAACCAGCCUCAUCCUGGCCUGGAAUUGAGUGCAGAUACACAGCUACUGACAACCAUUUCCAUGUCACCAGGCUUGAUUUUGGCACCCCACCAAAUCCAUCUUGCAAGAACUCAGCUACAUUCCCUUCACAAAUCUUUCACCUCCCACAUCUUGAAUCCAUCUUCAUCUUCCAGUGCUUCACUCAGGCCCCGGCAAGAAUUUCAGUCCCUGCAAACAACCCCUUCACUUCUUCCCUCCAACAGCUGAGCUUGAGAUCAAAUUCUGCUCUUAUUGGCUCAAUCCCACCUCAACUUUCCUCUCUCAAAUCUCUUCAGGUCCUCACAUUAUCACAAAACAAGCUGACAGGGGAAAUCCCAGUCGAGAUUUUCAGCCUCAGCUCUCUUGUACACCUUGACCUCAGCUACAACAUCCUCACAGGUUCAAUCCCCCUGGAAAUUGGCAAUCCCAGAAACCUUGUUGGCCUUGACUUCAGCUACAACAAACUCACGGGUCCAAUUCCUUCUGCACUUGGCAACCUCAGGAUUCUUCAGAAGCUUGAUUUGAGCUCAAAUUCACUCUCUGGAAAGAUUCCAGACACCAUUCAGCAGCUGAACUCCCUGGUAUUCUUUGCUCUUAGCAACAACAGAUUCCAGGGUACCUUCCCCAGGGGCUUGACGGGUUUGCAGAACUUGCAGUACUUCCUAAUGGACAACAACCCCAUGUUUGUCUCUCUUCCCCUGGAACUCAGCCACCUUAAGAAACUUCAAGAACUCAGGCUUUCAAAUUCCGGCUACUCAGGCACAAUCCCGUCAGCCUAUUCCCAGCUGAUGAACCUAAGCUCCCUGUCACUGGAAAACAACCGAUUAUCAGGCCGAAUACCGACGGGUUUCUCCAAUCUUUCCCACAUUUACCACCUGAAUCGCAGCAGGAACUUUCUUGACGGGACUGUGCCCUUCAACUCAACUUUCUUGAAAAGGCUCGGCAGGAACUUGGACCUGAGUGGAAAUCCAGGACUGUGUUUGAGCCCGUCAGCUGCAAAUGCUGUCGAUGUUGGUGUUGAUGUCUGUGGGAACAGCAAAACCAGCAGCUCAUCUUCCAUCAAGCCAUUGAAGAAAUCUCAAGCUCCAUUGAUGUCCUACACACUGUGUGCUGUCAUUAAUGUUGCUUUGUUUCUUCUAACAUUGCAUCAUGGGCUGUGUUCUUGUUAAUGAUGUUAGAGAUAUAGACUAUGAAUACUGUAUUAAUAGUUCGAUUCUUUAGAGCAAGGGAUGUUACCUGGAUUUUAAGAUUAUGGUUUUGUAUCACUUAGGACAAAAUACAUUUACAUUCUUGCUUUUUCAUCUUGUAUGACGUGUUUGGAUCGAUAAAUUUAAAGGCAAG